AUGACUAAAAAUAAUCUUAGUGCGCACCUCAAAUGGCUCUUGAAGCAAGGUCCUUCGCUGUACCCCUCUUUGACGCCUUCUCCCGAAGACAAUCGAAUCUAUCCAGAGCACGAAGGACGACCCACGGCUCUAGAUAUAACGAUUUUAGAAGUGUCUAGUACCGGACCGACUGGUGGUGGAGUGGGAGAUUCUCAGGUCGCUACGGAUGGAGAUGGAACGGAGGUGAUAUCCGAUACGGAGAUGGCCAGGCUGUAUUUGGCUCCUCAAUCAGCAUCGAAGCCUCGAAUGCUCAGCCGGCAGAAUGGCGGGCUUCUAGGGACUCCAAAGACACCAAGCUAUCGGGCGCGGACAGAAGCGGUAUCUUCACAAUCCGCUACUCAGCGAUCAGGCGUAUCCAAAGAACGGCAGAUCUAUACCCCUGCUUCUCAAAGCUAUCGGUUGCCAAAGAGUACCCCUCAACGCUCUGGACCGCACUUGGCCUGGACGUCGUCAUUCGAUGAUAUCGAUGCUAUUGAUCUCACCGGCGACGGCGAACAAGAAACGCCUUCGUCCGAUACCCUCGAGGAAUUUGGCGAACCCCGCCAAUUAUGGACUGAAAAGUUGGCCUCUCGUAGGGAGCCUACAGAGAAACGGGGAAAGAAGCGCAAGAGUGAUGAAUAUAGCUCCGACCUCCGAUCGCCACGAAAGCAGUCUUCCAUUGACCGGUCACCACGAAAGGCUAAUAAAUCUUCUUAUUCUGAGAAAGAGCAAGCAGCAAAAAGUGCAAUCGAUUCACCAGUCACAUUCUCGUCGAAGAAGGAUACUUCAAUGAACCAAAGCAUUCGCGAUGCUCAGCGUACUAGAUCCAUAGAGGUCAUUGCGGACUCCGAUGAUGAAGGGGAAUUGUUCGGCGAUUGGCCGGAAGAACCUGAAGUCGAUGCAAUGUCGAUCACAGAGGACAAGCUAUACCCGGACCUUCCUAAGCAAUCUUCUUCGGCUGAAUCAGGCUUCUGCCAAAAUGUUCAAUCUACGAAACCAAAUGACAGGUACCAAUCUCCUGGUACUCGUGAUUCCCUGUCGGUGCAAAGACGCCCUGAAACAUCCCCUACUAGGCCACUUCCUGUAUCCACAAUUCCAAGCUCCAGUGGCUCCCAGACCAAGAUCAGCGACACUGCGAGGAAAUUCCUUGCUCUUUCGGUUGAAUUACUUGAUGCAACAAUAGCGAGUCUGAAAGAAAUACAAGGCAAGAAAGCCAUGGUGAUGCUAGAGAGUUGCUUCGCCGGCGAGCAACCGCCAGCCGAUCUCUUGGAGGAAAACAAGUUGACAAAUGCCCGUGUCAAAGCCAUUGAGAAGCUACAACAAUAUAAAGCUGCACAUCAAGUCUAUACAUCAGAGCAAGAAGAGCUUAAGCACGCGGCUCUACAGGCGUUGACUGCGGGGGAAAACGCCACCAAGGAGACUACAAGAAUCCAGCGUAUCGCGGCUGAGCUCAAGCAGAUUGAAUCCCAAAUGAGCGACCUAAUCGAACAAGCUGAUGUCUUCAAUCUACUCGACGAUACCUCGAGCUUACAAUCAUCCAAACCUCAUGGCUUAUCAACUGUGCAACCGCCUAGCCACACAUUUGGAAUGGCUAAUGACCCAUUUAAACCAAUGCGAACUGAAAGCACUACAUCUUUCAUGCCACCCGUGAAAAGCACCUUCGAGCUUGAAUCUUCGAAGAAAGAUGCUUUGCGCACAACCAAUGUUGCUCCCUUGACCGCUGAACGUAAUGUCAGUUCCGCUUAUUUCGAGGACGACGAUCUCACGUUUCCUGGCGAAGAUCUUGGAAUCACUCGAACAAUGGGAUCACCCCCGUUUCGUUGUGUCGAUUUCGAUGAGUUUGAGAUGGAUGCUGAUGACGAAGAAAUGCUUCAAGCUGCGGUCAACCUAGAAGGUGGAUAUCCACAUUUGAAUCAAUCAACACAACCGUCCAAUCGCAAAGUAUUCGCAGAAACAUCUGGUAAUGCGACUCGCACUGCGUUGGUAUCAAAGUCUCCGAGCACCAAUGCCCUAUUCCGCCAUCCGUGGUCCAUGGAUGUUAAGUCUGUAUUGAAGGAUCGCUUUCAUCUACGUGGGUUCCGGCUCAAUCAGCUCGAGGCCAUUAAUGCAACUUUGGGGGGUAAGGACACAUUUGUCCUGAUGCCUACUGGGGGAGGCAAAUCCCUAUGUUACCAGCUACCAUCUGUCAUCACCUCUGGCAACACUAGAGGCGUCACCAUCGUGGUCUCACCACUGCUCAGUCUGAUGGAAGAUCAGGUUAUGCACCUCAAACAAUUAAAAAUCAAGGCUUUUCUUCUCAAUGGCGAUACCAAGGCGGAUGAACGAAAAUGGAUAUCAGAUACACUCACGGGCCCAAACGCUGAACAGGAAAUUCAACUUCUCUAUAUCACCCCUGAAAUGAUCAGCAAGAACCAAAAACUCAUUCAAACUAUGGAGAAACUUCAUCGAAGACGUCGACUCGCACGCAUCGUUAUUGAUGAAGCACACUGCGUUAGUCAGUGGGGCCAUGACUUUCGACCUGACUAUAAGGAGUUGGGAAAUGUGAGGUCUCGAUUUUCUGGUGUUCCGGUAAUUGCUUUGACCGCCACAGCCACAGAGAAUGUGAAGAUAGAUGUGAUUCAAAACCUCCAUAUGGAUGGCUGUGAAGUGUUCACCCAGAGUUUCAAUCGACCGAAUCUCACCUACGAAAUCCGGCAGAAGAAAGGAAGCGAUCUUUUGGGGAACAUCGCGGCAACUAUCACUGGCAACUAUAAACGACAGUCAGGCAUUAUCUACUGCCUGUCGCGCAAACACUGCGAGAAAGUCGCAGAAGACCUUCGAAAAAAGUACAGCAUUUCAGCUGCACACUACCAUGCCGGGAUGCCAGCUACCGAUAAAGGUGCUGUUCAAAAGGACUGGCAGUCCGGCAAAACACAAGUCAUCGUGGCGACUAUUGCUUUUGGAAUGGGCAUUGAUAAGCCAGACGUGCGCUUCGUCAUCCACCACACGAUCCCAAAGAGCCUUGAAGGCUAUUAUCAAGAGACUGGCCGUGCAGGCAGAGACGGAAAACGCUCGGGAUGCUACCUAUAUUACAGCUACAAGGAUACUGCGGCCCUGAAGCGAAUGAUCGAUGAGGGCGACGGUGAUUGGCAACAAAAACAGCGUCAGCGUCAAAUGCUACGUAACGUUGUUCAAUUCUGUGAAAACAAGACGGACUGUCGACGAGUACAGAUCCUUGCGUACUUCAACGAGCACUUCCGCGCAGAGGACUGCAAUGAGACUUGCGACAACUGUCAGUCUGAUGCCGUGUUCGAGCUUCAAGAUUUCUCACGAUAUAUCGCUCCAGCAAUCAAUAUUGUGAAGCACUUUCAAGAAAGAGAGGAAAAGGUCACACUGCUUCAAUGUGCAGACAUGUUUCGGGGAGGCUCGUCAAGAAAAGUCUCAGAGGAAAAUAAGAAGCUGCCAUGGUUUGGCGCAGGCUCCGAUUUGGAUAUGGGAGAGACAGAACGAAUUUUCUAUCGUCUUGUUACCGAAGAAGCCCUGUAUGAGUACAAUGUGUCCAACAGUCGGAAGUUCACCAACCAAUAUGUUAAAGUCGGACGCAGGGCGCCUGAUUUCCUGGAGGGUCGACGCCUAUUAAAGAUGCAGGUUCGAAUUUCGCCAACAAAAAAGAGGGCUGCCAAACCAGUUUCCAGAGGCCGGGCAGAAGACUUCCCGCAAUCGACCAAUGUCUCAUCACCCGUUCAAUCCGCUAAUCAACGCCGACUGGCUAAGACAAAACGUCGCAAGGCAGCCGCGGAAGACUCUGACAGUGAUGGGUUUGAGCCCUUACGGAUUGGCGGUCAACCUUCUCGAAUCAGGGAGGCCACUGUCGGCCCUCCGAUUACAGACGAUGUGAAGCUAAAAGACCUGGACUACCUGCAUAAGAUGGUCGUCGAGGAUUUUGUUUCCCACGCCAAGAACGUUUGUCAAGAAAUCAUGAUGGAAAGGAGCCUCCGUGACCAACCAUUUUCUGAUAGUAUUUUACGCGAUAUGGCCAUUUAUUUCCCUAGAACCAAAUCUGAACUAUUGGAAAUUCCGAACAUCGAUCCAGACAAAGUUGAUAGAUACGGCUCCCAGUUCUUGAAACUAAUUCGAGAUUCCAAAAAACGCUAUCUGGAAAUGCAAGGAGAAAAGGACGACCACACCAGCGGCAUUGUCCCAGAUCCCAAUCAUCAUAACGUCUUUAACGUUUCCAGCGACGAAGAGGAGUUCGCCGAAGGUGACGAUCUUUUUGUUGACGACAAUGCGUCGACUGUUGAUGAGAGCAGUAAUGACUUCAGAAGCCGAUAUUUCGAUACAGAGUCGAUUGAGCCGUCGGGGCAUGGCUCUUACGGGGAUGAAACCCAGAGCGGCUCUCGACGUCGAAAAUCUGGAGGGUCAAAACGCCCAACAACCAAAAGAGUUCGCCGCAAGGAACCGGGCAGCUCAUCCCAGCGGACAAAGCCCUACAAGCCCCGGACCAAGGUUGGGGGUCGGAGCAAUGCGGCUGGGUCAUCGUCCAGAAAGCCUACUUCCAGUGCUUCCAAAGCGUCGAAAUCCGGGAUUCAGAUGAUGCCUGUGUGA